AUGACCUUCCAGAAGACACGUCUUCAAAGUGCCCCUGAACAAGCAUUGCUGAAAAAUCAAAAUGGUGUGAUAGCGUCAGUGAUAGCGUCAGUGAUAGCGUCAGUGAUAGCGUCAGUGAUAGCGUCAGUGAUAGCGGACAUCCACUCCACCACGGGAAAGCUGCGCCGAGCAGUCCUGCAGUUUACUCCUGUCAGCUGGCUGUAUGUGAGAUGGCUGGACCCCAACUCGACCACCAUGCGGAUCAUCGCUGUGUGGAUCCUGAUUGUGUCGUGGCAGCUGUCGGAGCUCAACACCUUCUUCCUCAAACACAUCUUCUACGUGCCGUCGUCUCACAUGCUCAACCUGGUCCGGCUGCUGCUUAUAUGUCUGGUGUCUGCACCCACUAUACGGCAGUACUACGUCUAUGUCACUGACACUAGGUGCAAGAGGGUGGGGACCCAAUGCUGGGUCUUCUGUGCAAUCACUCUGACAGAGAGCAUCAUCUGCCUCAAGUUUGGCGCCCAGAUGUUCCGGCAGGCAGUCAUCACUUACGUCAUCACCUGGCUGUGCAUACAGAUGGUGGGCAGCUUCAUGUGUAUCUAUCUGUGUGCUCAAUUUGCUCAACGCUGGAAUAAGUGGAAGCACUACAUGGAUGUGGACUCCCCUAUCCGGAUACCUCGGAUCCGCACCAUAAGCCGAGAGUCGUCAUCCGCGUCACCCUACAGCCCCGCCCAGUGCAGCGGCGACGACGACGAGCCCUGGAAGCAGACGGGCGCGCAGCCACCCUCCUCCAACAGCCGACGUCUUCGCGAGGGCCCCGCCGAGAGGCGUACCGGUGCGGGGGAGGAGGUGAGGGAGGAGGAGGAGGAGCGGGAGAGGGAGGAGGAGCGGGAGAGGGAAGAGGACGGGGAAGAGGGGAACCUCGUUGUGACAGACAAGUACAUCUCUGCCAAGACGGAGUCGCUCAUCUCGGGCAAACUUCUGGGCAACGGCUACCAGCUGAGGUCAAGGUCACCGCUGCACAGGUCUAGGGCGGAGCGCAGCGCUUCCAGUUCACCCAAGUUCCGCUCGGGGAUUAAUGGAAGUUUGUAAUUAUGAUUGGCUAAUUGGUUGCUUAAUUGGGUGGUUGGUUGGUUACUUGGUUGAUGUUUGGCUGGUUAAUU